AUGUCAGAAGAAGGCUUAGCGGUCGGAAUGCGUUCACAUGCAUCGCCCGCGGUGAAGCAACGGGAUGGUAAGACGGACUCCCGGCGAACUCCUAUUGCAAAAUCACAAGCACCAGAUGCCAGGAAUACUACUGCCAACCGGGGUGUAAUGAGUUUUGCCUUUGAUUGCUUUGGUUGUGGCGACUCGAUAGUGCUAUCCCCGGGAUCCAAUGCCUGGACAUGCCCAUCCUCGCUGCCGACACACACUUGUCGCGAGACACAUGCAACGCCAAUACCAGAAGUCAAGCAAGAUCGGUCGGUCUUCGGAGCCGGGCCGAGGAUUGAUGGAUGGGAUAUUCAAUCAAAGCUGAUCGAGGUGCAAUUCAUGCGGCGAAUGGUGGAAACCUAUCUUGCAAAAGUAAACCCCUUCCUUCCGUGUCUCAACGUCACUCGGAUGCGGUCAGACGUGGAGGCAAUGCUAGCCGGGAAGCUCCCAAGGAAAGAGAGUCGUCAAGUUGGGGCGGCGGCCGACUUGAUGACGGCCGUUAUGAUGGCAAUGACGGAGGAUGCGGCCUGUAUAACGAGGCCAGGAUGGAUCCCAGGAUGGACCGAGUAUGAUCGGGCGGAGCGCCUGUUACGCGACGGGAGCCAUUCAGAUCGUGAAACGCUAGGGACGGUACAGUGCUUCAUCUUGAAAGCCCUCUACCUCAUAUGCAUCGACAAAUUCAAUCUAGCAUACGACACCAUGGGCACCGUGGCCAGGCUUUGCUACCAGCUCGAGUUGCAUGACGAAAAACGUUGGCGAAACCAGAGCUCGUUUGAGAUCCAUCUGCGACAGCGGAUCCUUUGGACGGCAUUCUUCCUCGACAGUCACAUCUCCCAGUACUGUAAUGCCCCGUACCUGCUGAGGUUCUCGGACGUAGACGUCCCCAUUCCGCGACACAUCGACGAUAAGAAGCUGCAGCCGGACAGUGACCUGCUCCCCGAGGAAGACAGCAAUGCGCCCAUUGUGAAUCUCGACACUUGCAGCCAAUACGCGAGACUCUAUAGUGAGAUCUGGGAUCGUGUACUCACGGUGAACGCGUCCCGCCGGUGCAGUCCAGAAACGGCCGCAGCGAUCGAGCGACAAAUAAAAGACUUGCGCCGUGGUCUACCCGUCCACCUCCAGUGGAAUCAGUAUGAUUCGUCUAGGCUAUCUGCCGAACGUUCCUCUCAUUUUCAUGUGCGGCAGAGCAUGCUACUCCAUUUGCAAAUCAACAAUCUGCACUUACUGCUCAAAGACAGAUGUAUGGAGACUGGUGGGAUGGAUGACGGUACGGUGGACGCCUACACCGAAACAGCUAUCGACAGCAUCCAGAUCAUCUGGGAAUACUAUCAGGCCAAUCUUCAUGACCCAAUUGAACGCACAGGGUCUACCCGAUACCUUAUACAGUCAAUCCAAGCGCUCAACUGUAUGGUUCUGCGUCGCUCUGAAACAGGAGGUACAAUGCAUCCGAUGGCGGUCGAAGCGCUCUCGAGAGGGCUGUCUGUCCUCGAGACAUUCGCACCGCAUCUAACGCUGGCGAAGAUGGCCCUAGAUCAACUGGAAAUCCCCAUCCAGGAGUUCAUGGGCUUGAGUUGUAAGCCUACUCCGGGACAUUUGGCUGAGAAAUCUUUUGCCUGUGAAGAAGACAUGACUGCAUCGUGUGUUCCGCAUGGCUUGUACGAAUAUCAUGCUGCAGAAACCUCAGUAGGCGAUGAGGAUUGGGUGGGCGACAUUGUGGACACGAGCACGAUUCACUCGACAUGUAAUAGCGACAAUUGGCUUUAUGACUUUCUGAAUGAAUGA